AUGGAAAAGUCGGUCACAAUGUCGUGUUGGUCUAAGGUUAUUGGGCUUCAACUGUAUAACAGUUACGCGACAGAUGCAGCCGGCAAACCACCUUCUCUGUCGAUAUUGCGUUUGUUGUACAGUAUUGCCUUUUUCGUCGCUUACAUGGUGGGAUUUAUCAAAAGCACCGAGGUUAUUUUCAAACCCGAUCUGAACACCAACAGUCCCAGCAUUUUCAAAUACGGACUUAUGACACAAAUCUACUCCGGUGUGCUCGCAACGGUCGUGUGUUUUGUGUGUUUGUGGCGCACGGAACGGAUGAAGAGCGUCUACGUCGAAGGAAUUAAUUUGAACAAUACGAAAAUUAACGAUCGCUUCUACCAGUUCCGCAACAUGCAGGUUCCUUCGAAGCAAAGUGUGAUGGUCUCGAUUUCGACCACGAUACUUUUUGUUUUAUCGGGCUGCGAAGCUUACGCUCAGUACCGUGCAGAAAACUAUUUUACCAUCAUCGCCAUACUCUAUCCUUUGUGGAUGUUUCAAAUGACGCUGUAUCAAUUUACGAACCUAGUGAAAUCAACGGAGUGUAUUAUGACGAAACUUAACUGGAUGUUAGAUGCGUUUCUGGAAAGCCUGCAGAGACAGACCACCGGUGUGCAGCAACGGAUCGAAAAGGGAGUCAAGAGUAACAAGAUUCAUCCGCUCGACCGCACACCGUUCGUUCCCGAGCACGAACUGCUCAGUGGCGAUCGACUCACGUACAUGUUCGUUAUUCACGAAAACGUGGCUAAGCUGGCGGAAUUUAUCAACGCAGCGUAUUCCGUGCAGAUCAUCGCCAUCGUAACGGUUACGUUUGUCAACACGUUGUUUGGAUUUUUCAUCGAAACUAAGUUGCUAUUUUGGAACCUAGAAAUGGUUACAUUGAUAAUACAAGCGGUACGUUAUGCCGGUGAAUGCAUUCCAGCAUGCUUGCUAACAUAUAACAUGCUGAUAGUGUGUGCUUCUACGCAUACAGAGAUGUUUAAAUCGGCAACCCUCCUUCAUAAACUCUUGCAGUACAAGUCAAAUUAUUUCAUUGAUGAUCAGGCGUUGUUCGAACGAUCAAAGGGCAUCGCAUUGCAGUUGCUACAUCGUAAGAGAUUCUCGGUAUUCGAUGGAAGCGGCCUUUUCAAGUUAGAUUUUACUUUCAUCUUUUCGAUAUUUAGUGCCGCAACAUCGUACUUGAUAGUGUUGCUCCAAUUUGAUCUGUCGAAAGAUUUGCAAAAAGCCACGAUGAACUGA